UUAGUUGCAUCGCUAAGAAAGUUGACACUCCUGGAUAUGGCAGCUCUGAAUGGAGUUACCUUCCUGAUAUGGGCUGUCAGCAGUGCCCUGGUCCGAGCAGCAGAAUCAGACCCAAAGUGUUCUUACAGAGUUGAAACGGUCCAGUUUGGUCUCCUGAUGAAGAUAACAUAUUUUACUCCUCAUAACUACACCAUAGACGUUGCUGAGAAGGAAGGUCCAUUUAAAAGGAGAUCCACUGUUUCUUUCUCCAAUGAAAACUCAACUCAUGAAAUCAAACCUCUGAAGCCGUGCACCGAAUAUGAGCUAAUCGUCACUCUGAUUCCCACUAAUGGUACAGAAAUAACCUGUAACAAAACUGAUAAUAAAACAACAAUAACAACAACUGGAAUGAGUGAACAAGACAUUAAAAAAGCCUCCUGUCCUUCUGGAUAUUUGUGCUACCAAAGUGGUUGGAACAUCAGCUCUUUAGUAUCAAAACACAACAAGGUUUCAGCUGCAGAGUUCAUCAAUGGAUCGUAUCGUUUCAAACCUGCUUAUGAGGACAUUUGCACUGAUUUUGUUUUGAAGUUCCCUGAUAAAAACUGCAACGUUUCCUUCACCUCCUCUGAAUAUGUUCCUGUUGAUUUCAUUGAUCCAAAUGACAUAAAUCAGACUGAACCCACUGAACUUCCUGCAAAGAUAGAAACAAAGUUUCCUUCAAACUGUAAAAAUCUCAGUGUUGAGUACAAAUGUUCAGGAAAGGACAAUAACUCUGUUGAACCUUCUGACAUGAAGCCGUUCACAGACUACAGCUGUACUGGUCACAUCAAGAACAACGGUGUCUUCAUAAAUAAGACCACUCCACCUGUCCAGUUCAACAUUAACUGUGAUUUUACAAUAAGAAACCUGAAGGCCAAUUCAACCAAUACUUCCAUUGAGCUGAACUGGAAAACAACCAGUGAUAAAUGUCAAGGUGUUCUCCAUAGUCUGACGAACCUCUCUUAUAGCUGCAGCUGUCAAGACAAGAAAUAUUAUGCUACAGCUGAAGGAAGGAUGAUGAAUGUUUCUGAAGGAAGAAGGUGUGAAAUAAAAAACCUUAAACCAUACGAGGAUUACAUCUGUGAAGUCCGUCCCAUCUAUGGUGAUCGACGUGAUUUCAAAGGGGAAACAUUUAAAGAGAAGACCCAGCCUGGAAUACCAGAACCUCCAACAGGUCUUCAGGUGUCACUUCCAGAGAACAACGUGAUCAAAGUGAAAUGUGAACCACCUCUUCAUUUAAAUGGACCAAAGACAAACUACAUUGUACAACUUCUUAAUGUUGCUGGCAGCCAGCAGAAUAAGACAAGCUGUGAUUUUGAAUUGAAGGAUCUGAACUACUUAACAUCCUACACAGUGAAGGUGGUAAUCUUCAACGGACGCUUUAACAGCACACCUGUGACACGUUCAGCUGUCACUCAUUACAACAAAAAAGGCCUCAUUAUCGGUUUGGUCAACCUCAUCAUCAUCAUCUCCUGUGUAGCGCUGGGUGUGUCAUUCUUCAUCAGGAAGAGGAGAGAAUUCAGAAACGUUGGUAAUGAAGAACUGAUGCUCAACCCGACAGCAAUCUAUACUAACAUGCCACCUCCCAAAGGCAAUCAUAAAGCUUGCCGAUGAAGAUCUGAUGAUGCUGCGGAUCAAGACACCAUUUAAUUUAGUAGCUUUAUUAUGUCUGACAACUUUUAUCUUUCAUAAUCUUUGGGACUUUGGUUUUGUGUUCAUCUUUAUGUUGGUAUUUCUGUUCUGCUCCAUUGUUUCCUGCAUGUUCUAUCAGCCAUGUUUCCCUUCUUCUUCUUCUGCUUCUGGUGUUUUAUGGCAGUUGGAAGACCAGCUUUAAAGAUGCAUUAACGCCACCAACUGGACUGGAGUGUGAACAGCAUAUUAACUAAAGAAAGAAAACAAAAGCCUACAUUAUUUCUAAUAGAUUUGUGUUGAUUAAAAAUUAGAUGAUUUUUAAUUACAUUAACUCCAACAAGAUAUUCAAUUGCGUCAUUAACAUUUAGCUUAUUCAGUGCUUGUUUGAGCUGUCUCCUUUCUGCUUCAUACACAUUGCUUUUCAUGAGAAGAUGCUCUACAGAUUCAGGCAAUAAUCACAUAACCCUGAUGGAUGCUUUCAAAUAACUUGAUGUGUUUUGUUACUGUGUGACCUAAUGAUGGUUUGACACGAAUGUCUGCAUUUGUGUUUCCCUCCACUCACACAUGCGCAGGAAUCCAAACAAAUUCUAGUAUGACGUUUUUGGUGGGAAGUUUGCAUUAAA